AUGGACCAUCGUUUUUCAGGCUUCUCUUACUAUGCUAAAGCCACAUCCCUCACUCCCGAAUACUAUCAGACCCUACUUGACCACUAUUGGAGGCGCUCCGGGACGACCCUCUACCGGCCGGACCAGCUCCACGCGUGCUGUGUUCACUACACUUUGCGGCUGGACUCCACCCAGUUCAAACCCACCCGGGAUCAGCGUCAAACGAUCAACCGCUUCAACAAGUUCCUGACCGGAGAGGCCUACGCAAAGGAAGCGGCCCGUGUCCAUCCGCGGACACGCGAACAGGCAAAGAAGCGGGAUUCCGAAUUCGAUCUCACCGAGAGGGUCCACGAGGCGGAGUACGACUCGCUGCAGGUGCCCCCCGAGCCUGCUCACGUCUUCACCGUCACGCUGGAGCAUGAUGACUUCACCGAGGAGAAGUAUCUCGUGUACGAGAACUACCAACGCGUCGUCCACAAGGAACACGCUGCAGAUAUCACGAGGCGUGGCUUCCAGCGCUUUCUGUGCGAGUCUCCCGUUCAGCGCAGGACAAUCACGACGGACGACGGCAAGGAGCAACGCCUAGGCUCCUUCCACCAAUGCUACCGCUUAGACGGCAGGUUGGUGGCCAUAGGCGUUUUGGAUUUGCUCCCCCACUGCGUCAGUGCCGUGUACUUCCUCUACCAUGAGUCCAUCCACAAGUAUGCCCCAGGAAAGCUGGGCGCCAUUCGCGAGAUUGCUCUGGCACGGGAAGGAGGGUAUCGCUACUGGUACCCUGGCUUCUACAUUCACACGUGUCCCAAGAUGCGAUACAAGAUUGAUUACACGCCACAGUACAUAUUGGACCCAGAGACACUGGCUUGGGAUCUGAUGGACAAGCGAGUUACGGACCUCCUUGACAAGAAGCAGUAUCUGAGCUUAUCCAAGGAGAAGCCCGAUACCCCGGGAAAUGGCGGCCCCAAGGAAGCCAUUGAGAACACAACAGCAGGCGACGAGCUUGCCGGAGAAGACCCUGUGAGCGAGAACGGCGACGACGAUAAAGAUACAUUCCUUUUCAACACUGGCAUGCCGGGCAUCAUGUCGCUGGAUGAGAUACGCUCCCUGGACCAGAUGGACCACCUCAAGCUACGGAUAGACGGCUCCGGCAUGCUCUUCGAGACGGGUGAUCUGGUGGCCUGGCAGCGUCAGGAUGUUGGAUCCAGCGGGUGUUUGAAGGCCGGAAUCGCAGAGUUGGUCGCGGCAUUGGGACCUGAACUAUUGGAUGAUCUCGUGGUGGACUUUUGGAAUCCUCACAUGUAA